ACAGCAAGACACGCCCGAUACCUGACAACACUACUAAACAUCACGUUGGACCGGUACAAUUGGAGGAGGUUAUUAACAUAUUUGACAUGGUGAGACUGCUGCAGUACGACCCUAACUGCGUGAUUCAAAGCGAGUUACCUCUUCCAAUGGAACAGAUGGGACAGAAUCACGGAGUUGUUGUCUACCAAACUAUGAUACCGGAGGAAAUACCUCUACCAGCAGCUAUUGACAUAGACCUUUACGGAGACAGGGUUUACGUAAUGACAGAAGACGGUGAAGUACAGAUCAGUUCCCGAAACCGCCCUUACAAAACCUUCUCAUUUAGUCGCAGGAAGCUUUACAUCCUGGUUGAAGACAACGGACACAGCAACACUGGUCACGUGAGAUACUCCUACAAAUAUUACCAGAAGGGAAUUAUUGGGAACGUUACAGCUAAUGGCCAGGUUUUAUUAGGCUGGAAAGCGUUUCUUAUUUCCAAUUUCCUGCCACGUGGUCCUUAUGAAGGCACUCCAGAAGAAGCCUCUAAGUGCAGCUGGAGGGAACUUGUAGCAAAACACGGAAAGAGGCGUGAUGAGGCAGGAAGAGAUGUAGGGAGAGAGGUAGGAAGAGGUUUCAUCCCUACCUUCUACAGAGCUACCAGCCCUCUUCUACUAGAGAGUGAUACAUAUGUAGACACACAAGGUUGGGGGAAGGGUAUUCUAUUGGUACUUUAUAAUAAAGCUACUCAAACGGACGCCAUUAACCUCGGCAGGUAUUGGCCACUAGCAGGUCCCCAGAAGAGACACUACUGCCCCAGUCCAGGUCCCACCAGAGACACAUGA